UUUCUCAAUGAUCUUGCAGAUGGGAAUGAAAUAACUACUGUACAAUCGCUGCAAUUCGAUUUGAGUACAAUUAAAGUAGCCACAAACAACUUCUCUAGUAGUAACAAAUUAGGUGAAGGUGGAUUUGGUGAGGUUUACAAGGGAACACUUCCAAACGGGCAACAUUUAGCUGCAAAGAGGCUCUCAAGAUGCUCUGGACAAGGAGCAGAAGAGUUUAAGACUGAGGUUGUAUUAGUAGCUAAGCUUCACCACAGAAAUUUGACUAGGCUAUUGGGAUUUUGUUUGGAAGGAGAAGAAAAAAUUCUUGUUUACGAAUUUGUGCCCAACAAUAGCCUUGACCACCUCCUCUUUGGUUUGUCUUCGAUCUUAUUUGGAAAUUUCAGCAUAAGAUGUCAAUAUUGUUCGAAGUACAUUUCAUUAUAAUUUCAAUUGAAAUUUUGCUAUAAGAUAGAAUAUUUGUGUAAGAACAAUAUAUAUAUAU